AUGCUUCAUCAAUUUUAGGAGUUGGAAAAGCUAGGUUCAGGCUCAUUCAGCGAAGUUUGGAAAGUAAUAAGUAUUAUAAACUAGGUAAUGAGGAGAGCUGACCAUCAAGUUUACGCAAUGAAGAAAAUAAAAAUGGGAACUCUCAAUGAGAAAGAAAAAUAGAAUGCUCUUAAUGAAAUUCGGCUACUUGCAUCAUUAAAUCAAGAGUUCAUAAUAGGAUAUAAAGAAGCAAUUUAUAUGGAAGGUAUUGCUUAUCAAUAUAAUAAGAAACAUAAACUUUGGGAAUUAUAAUGGAAUAUGCAGAUGGAGGAGAUGUUGCAAAAUAAAUAAUAAAUAAAAAGAACAAGACUCAAAAGUUUUAAGAAUAAGAAAUUUGGUAAGCCCUGAUACAAAUAACGCAGGGUUUAAAAGAAUUACAUGAAAAAUUGAUAUUCCAUAGAGAUGUUAAAUCAGCUAACAUUUUUAUAUCAAAUGGGGUUUAUAAAUUAGGAGAUUUAAACGUUUCAAAAAUAGCCUAAAGAGGUCUAUUGUACACAUAAACAGGCACUCCAUGUAAUAUUAGAUUAAGUAAAUUGAGACUACGCAUCACCUGAAAUUUGGAGAGAUGAACCAUAUGACAAUAAAUCGGAUAUCUGGUCAGUAGGAUGUGUUCUAUACGAAAUGUGUAAUUUGCAUCCUCCGUUUUAAGCUUUGGAUAUGGAAGGACUAUAUAAAAAGAUUCAGAAAGGAAUCUUCCCUACUAUAAAUGGGUAUAGUAAUUAAUUAGUUACAUUAAUUGGUUAAAUGCUUAGGCUUAAUGCAUCUGCUAGACCUAGUUGUGAUCAGAUUUUAAGUAGUAAUUUAAUGAAUUCUGAUUUUAGUAGAUUGUACAUCAAAACUCCAUCUAUAGCUAUUAAUAAAAAAAUGAUGAAAACAAUUUAAUUACCUAAAAAUCUUAGCACUCUCAAUGAUAUUCUACCUACAAAAAAGUAUUAUAAUGAAAAUAAAGAAAAUGAUAACGAAUCAGUUAGAUACAGUGUAUAAUCCUCUAAAUUAAUGCCAUUAAAUAGAAAAUCUGUCAAUAAUUCUAGUAUUGAAUAUGAAAAAAGAUUUUACAGAAUUGCUUCAGUUCAUGAAGAUAUAUUACCUACUUUGCCUUCUGAAUAUAAAUAACCAAAAGUUGUUACAAGACGUAGGCCUAGUAGCUAAUACAAAGAAGAGGAAAUAAAUUUUGAAAGAAGAGCUGAAGCAAUUGUCUAAAGAAAAUAAUUGCAAAAAUAAUUAUCAGAAUAACACCCUUUGCCUAAACCUAUCUUAAAAAAAUAAAUGAGUAAUCUUCCUUAUUUGUACAGAAAUGUUAAUGAUUCUGAAAGACAAGAAAACAAUAAAUCUAAAUAUCAUUAAUCUCCAAAUAAUUAUGCCAGGAGAAAUAUUAGAAAACAAAUUACUUCAUAAUAAUGA